AUGAGUAUCCAUGGCGAUAGCCCACAAGGACAAUAUAUGAGAGAGCGCUAUGAGCAUUUCAGGGGUCAUGCAAAGGUUGGACUUGAGCACCUAGAGUUUGAAACCCCAUUGUACGGCUCAAGGGUUUAUGAUCAGAAAAAUGUCAACAGACUAGUAAGGGUAUUCGAGCUCGAACAAUGUUUGCGGCUGGAACCCGCCCAUCACAUCGUGGCUAUCAUUGACAAUGAGACCCUACAGCAAGCUGUGACUUUGAGUGAUGUCACCGAGGAGCAACUAAGGGACGCAUCUAAUCUACCGUGGCUCUUCCUGCCAGAAGGCUAUCGACUUUCCUGUCUAUACGGUAAACACCGUAUAGCGGCAGCAAAGAAAUUUUUACUUCCAGGAGAUAGGUGGUGGUCUGUCACUCUAUACGGAGAUCUCCCAGAGCAUGUGAAGCAAAGAUUAAUAAGUGAGGCUCCUAAUGCGAAGGAGUAUGAAUUUGGGGAUAUCUUCCGUAAUCUCCGACAUUACCAACUUGCUCAUAACGACGGAGCCAUAGGGGUUUGGAAAUCGAGAUUGUCUAAACGCAGAAGUGAAGAUCUGGAACGUCUAUCGCGUAGAUAUAUCAGCUUCACAGCGUUACGACGGUUGGACCGUGUGAAAUGCCCAAACGAAAUCAUCCACUAUUUGGACCGCAUUUAUCGGAUCUGGUCGUCCCUGUUUCCGGAAGGUUUAAGCCACCAUGUCGAUUCCACGUCGGUCCGAUAUGUGCAAAACCUAAUGCCACAGCAAUCAAGCGCAGAUGGCAAAUUCAUCACUCACCUGAUAGCUAAAGGCCGUUUGUUUCCCUCGUUAAAAGAGCCCGAGCAGCGGGAUGGCUUGCUGCGGAAACUCGUUGCCAUCCCAGGCAGAAUAUUGUCUCUAUAUUCACUAGCCCAAGAUACACUCCUUUUGGAGUCCUGCGCCAAUAGUCUUCAGUGUCUUGUCCCGGGAGGAUUCAAGGACUUGAGAUACGCUCUGCUAAGCAGAUUUAGCGGGGGGGGGAACACUUGGCCUGUUCAAUCCAGCUACGUAUCAGGAGCUGCGAGCAUCUUCAGCUUACGUGCAACUAUGGUUGUUUGCAAUACGAUAUAUAGAGAGCCUGGCCGACACAAAGCGGCCAGGGCCCCCGACGAGAAAAUUGAUUUACAAAUACCGCAGCCGGCUAAAAUAGAGGCAAGGCGUCGUCUAGCCUUUUUGGCCUGUGGGCUGGGAUUUGACUCCGAUGAAAUUCAAUCUAUCCGCUUGCAGAAUACAAUGAAAAUUAUCACAAGGGAGUUUCUUGUAGCGAACCGCCCGAGGGAGCUCUACAAUUAUCCUCAGGGAUGGGAAGAAAACGGUACGAGGCGGGUGGUUGACAUACUAAAUCUUCCGCGUGUUAGAAGCGACUACGAGACCAUUAUCCCUCCAUUCACCGUGGAUAGGUAUAGCGAGGCAUCAAAGAAUGGACAACGAUGUGGGCUGCCUUCCCGAAGGGAGCACCGGGAAAACUGUGAAUUCUUGUACGUCCCCCAGGUAUACAGCCCAGAUCAAGCCGUGGGGACCUAUCCGUCUACGUUCGCUAUUAUGCGCGAUAUAUUCUUCAGUUUCUUUGGGGCCAGAUUAUUUCCAUCCGAGUUUGUCUCCCCUUGGUGGAGUACUUCCCCAUCUUUGUCUGAACCGAAUCUCUCCUCAGAGAAUGAUUACACACAGGUGGAAGAGGCAAACAACGCAUCACCUACAUCUUCAAUCGACCUGGAGUCCCAUCCACCAGGGACGCCAACACAACUAGAUAAAGAUCAAGGGCAACUAUCUGUAGAGAAUCAGAGCAUGCCGCCAGAUGUAGACAUGGGCCAGGCCUUGAUCCUACGGCCCCCGAUGGCCCCGGGUUUCGAAGAUGAAAAUGGAGUCGCUCCACUGAAUCUAAGAGUCUGCAUGUCUCAUCAUAGGGGGGCAAAAGAGAUCUUAAGCAUGUGGAGCCAGUCUCACAAUGGAAACCUAGCGGUGUUUUACUUUUUUAAGUCACGGGAAUACUGCAAGUUUGAUGUUCAGGACAUCGAACUACGUUCACAUCUGGAGUCCUUCGUAUUCUCUAUCGCUAACGACCACCACUUUGUCGCCAUUGAGGACGGUGCACUCAUAGCAGUUAGCCCAGGAAAAGGCAUGCAGAAGAAGAAGGCUCAAGGCCUGAAAAAAUGCGCAAUCGUUCGACGCAGCACAGUGAAUAGCCGUAUUCUGUGCGAAGGGCACAUAAAAUGGCUCCGCUCAUUUGCUGUUAAGAUCUUGAAUCUCAUGAUGUAG